AUGAGUGAUACCGAGAAUGAUGCACUUUCUCUCACUCGUGAAGAAGCACGUUUAACCACUGAGCUUUUCGUGUAUAUUGUCGAAACCUUGGUAUUAGUUUCUCGGAAUGUAACCAUCAGCUAUAUUUAUGUUGCAGACGCGAAAAAAGUUUGCGAAGCUCAGCGAAGUGAGAAGAAUUUGUUUAUCAAUGACGACAAAAUCUGCUUUGUCAAUUUGCUCAAAAUGCCAAUCACUGAACAGAACAUGUCUGAAGAGAGUCACAAAAUCAACGGAAUUCUGAAAGCAGCUUUGAUGUACAUUUUUGUCGCUAAAAAUAAUACCGGAAUGGAGAAAGGUGUUCUUUUUGAAGAAAUUAUUCAGUUCUUGGAGGUCCUGUGCACUAGGAACAACGAUAAACUGAACACAGAACAAAUGAACUUGAUCAAAAAGUACAUCGCGCCCAAUAACAAGGCGAUUUUCAUCAAAAAUGGUUGGAUUUCAUUCACUAAGAGCAACAAUGAAAACGACGAGGACGAAUUCCGAAUGGAUUGGGGGCCGGUGGCCCAACAGAGCGUUGAUCCAACAAAACUGUUGGAGUUGUUCCAAAACCAAACUGAUUUUCCUGUUUCAAAUCUUCUUGAGCAAACAAAACGUGCUAUGGAGCUUAAAGGCUAUCAAUUUUUUUCAUCUAGCGAGGUCGGAGCCGAUCCAUUGUUCAUUCUUCAAUCAAAAACCAAACACAAGCCUCAAUUAACCCUGUUUUAA